UUAUAAAAGAGGCUGCCACAGGCGACACUUUGCUCUCUGUCAGCACUGCUGCCUUCUGCUAGCUGUGCUGCCGGGCGCUGUUGCCAGCGUAAGCGUUAGCGUCAGCGUCAGCGUCAGCGAAAACACUCGGCAUACGCAAAACAAAUACAAAUUUUCGAAAUACAUUUUACGCGCCCGUGUGCGCGUAUGUGUCUGUUAAUGCUCGCCCUGUGUGCGUCUGUCUGUGUGGCUGCCUGAGUCUGUCUGUCUGCGUCUGCCAGUGUAAGUGUGUGUGAGUGAGUGUGUGUAAGCGUGCUUUAGUAAGCGUGCGAACGGUACGAGGAACGGAAUUACGGUGAAAAGCUUUGGGCAAUCUCCGCAAGCCCAAAACACACACCCACGCGCGCAAAACAACAAAAAAAAACGCAAACGAAACGGAACGAGCCAGCGAGCUCACAAAAAACACACACGCGUAGAUAUACUAAGGACACGACAUUAAAAUGGUGCAAACCACUGCAGAUGCCAUGGACUUCAAGGAGCGACUGAUAGCCAGCGUGAAGAAGGAGGUCAAGCAGCUGAUGGAGGAGGCGGUCACCAAGAAGUACGUUCACGAGGAGAGCAGCUCGGUGACCUCACUCUGUGGCGCUGUGGAGGCCUGCCUGAGCCAGGGUCUGCGCCGGCGGGCUCUCGGCCUCUUCAAAACCUCCUCGACCACGGCGCUGCUGCACAAGAUCGCCAAGAGCUGCCCGGAGGCGGAGCACAUCAGCAAGCUAGUGCAGGAGAUCGAGGCCAGUGACCCCAGCAAGCGAUCCUCAAGCAGCUCCGACAGCUUCCAGCGUCCCCCGAUGCUGAAGAAGAGCAGCAGCCACUCGAUGUCCGGCAGCAACCAGGUGGCGGCCAGUGGCUCCUCCGCCUCCGCCUCGGCGUCGGUUAGUGUCAGUGCCAGCAACUCCAGCAUGUCGUUGGCCAGUUUGAAAUAUCUGUGGAUCCGCCUGGCCUUGUACGAGAAGCGUCUCACCAAGAUCAUAGAGUACUUGGUCUGUAAUGCCAGCAGCUUCUACGACCGCGACUCUCUGGUGGCCGACCCGGACUAUGGAUCCAUCCUGAGCUCCCUGCUGGUGGGUCCUUGCGCCCUGGAGUUCACGCGCGCCAAAACAGCCGAUCACUACUGGACCGAUCCGCACGCCGAUGAGCUGGUGCAACGUCAUCGCAUCAGCUCGUGCCGGCGCUCCUCAUCGACCUGCUCGCGGCCGGCGAUCAUCAACUUCAAGAGGAGCCUCAACACCUCCUCGGACGAGGCCAGCAGCGGCUCCUUCAAGUCGAUCGCCUCGGCCACCGUGGCCAAGGACUACGUGGAGUCCUUGCACCAGAACGCCAAGGCCACGCUCCUCUACGGCAAGAACAACGUCCAGGUGCUGCCCAAGAACGUGGCCGAGCCGAUGCCCGGCUACCUGAGUCUCCACCAGCACAUCCAGACCCUCACCAUCAAGUGGACGCCCAACCAGCUGAUGAACGGCUACAACGAGGCCGAGGAGGAGGACAUCGACAAGGACGCCUUCUGGGCCUACGCCCUCAACAUCAAUGUGGACGAGAUCGUGUACGUCCACUGCCACCAGAGCAGGGGCGAGGAUAGCGGCGGCACUGUCAUCCUUGUGGGACAGGAUGGCGUCCAGAGGCCUCCGAUUCACUUUCCGGAGGGCGGGCACAUGCAGCAGUUCCUCAGCUGCCUGGAAACAGGUCUCCUGCCGCACGGCCAGCUGGAUCCGCCUCUCUGGUCGCAGCGGGGCAUCGGCAAGAUGUUCCUCUGGCCGCGGAGCAUGCGACGGCGCAUCCUGCCCUCGGUCAUGGAGUCCGUGGACGAGACACCCAUUGAUUAUGUCUUUAGGAUUGUCAGCAAAAGCAGGCACGAGGAGUUUGCUGCCACCCACUCCAUCCUGGACUUUGUGAGGAGUACUCCGCGACGUGCUCAGCUUAGCAGCUGCUCCACCACCGGCAGCAGCGACUGCUCCAACAAGAGCCUCUCCAUUGAUCAGUUCCCCCUGGAGUCGCCGCUCCUCCUCCAGCAGCAGCAGCAGCAACAACAGAUGCUCCAGCAGAGCACCAGCAUUGAGAUGGUCUGCUCCACGAUGAGGCGCCAGAUCAUCUCCCGGGCCUUCUACGGGUGGCUGGCCUACUGUCGCCACCUCUCCACCGUGAGGACACAUCUCUCCGGCCUGGUGCACGGCAGGAUCACGCCAGAAAUGAAAGCUGACGAGGAGGGCCUGACCAAGCAGCGUUGGGAGCUGUUGAACGUGGACGGGGUGCUGGAGAACGCCACGGAGUUCUACCGCCUGGUCUACUUUGGCGGAGUCCAGCCCGAGAUGCGGCAGGAGGUGUGGCCCUACCUCCUGGGACACUACGCCUUCGGCUCGACCCCGGAGGACCGGAAGAAGCAGGACGAGACCUGCAAGCACUACUACGAGACCACGAUGAGCGAGUGGCUGGCCGUGGACGCCAUCGUCCAGCAGCGGGAGAAGGAGAAGACGGCCCGGGCGGUGGCCAAGCUGAGUUCCGGAUCCAACAGCGGCAACGACAGGACAGUCAGAGCCGUGGACCUGGACCUGGGCGGUGGGGAGCUGGAGAACGAGGUCUUUGAGGAUAUAUCCGAUAUAUCCGAUCCGGGCGACCUCGAGUUCGACGAACAGCAGCAGCAGGAGGGCGGAGGAGCUGGAGGGGCCGCUGCCGGGGGUCUGGUCACCAGCCUAAGUGGCAUGCACCUGAGCGUGAAGCCCAUUCCCAGGUCGAUGAAGACCAGCACGGACUCGGGCCACGUGGACGAGGGCGAGAGUUUCAACGAGCUGGACGAGGACCUGGACCUGGAGCACGAGCAGCCGGAGAAGCAGGCCCAGCUGGCCAAGGCCGAGGAGCCGGAGGAGCAAGGCACGCCCCCGAAUCCCGAGCCAAGCUGCUCCACAUCCACGGCCUCCUCGUACGAGACAGUGGGCCUGGGCGGAGCUCAGACCACCACGCGUAGUGUCCUAAGUCCGGAGUACCUGAGCGCCGACGAUCUGCAGCUGCCGGAGGACGAGGAUGCAGUGAAGCCUCAGCCGCAGGCAGCCGCCGUAAUUAUCACAAAGGCCUCCGUUGACAUAGCCAACUGGGAGCGAAGCCCCAAGGCGGGAGGACAGGGCGAUCAGAUGACGCCGCUCGAGGAGUCACCCAGCGAGCCGGUAGGAGCCGGCCAAGGUGCUGGCUCCAAUCUGGAUGCUCUGCAGGAGCCCAAGUCGGCAUGUGCCUCGCCAGCCAGCUCCAAUGGCGGAGUCUACAGUAGCGAGCUCCUGGAGCAGUUCGGCCUGAAUCUGCACCGGAUCGAGAAGGAUGUCCAGCGAUGUGACAGGAACUACUGGUACUUUGCCAACGAGAACCUGGACAAGCUGCGGAACGUGAUCUCCACGUACGUGUGGGAGCACCUGGACGUGGGCUACAUGCAGGGCAUGUGCGACCUGGUGGCGCCACUCCUGGUCAUCUUCGACGACGAGUCCCUCAGCUACAGCUGCUUCUGCAAGCUCAUGGAGCGGAUGAUCGAGAACUUUCCCAGUGGUGGGGCCAUGGACAUGCAUUUUGCCAACAUGAGGUCCCUUAUCCAGAUCCUCGACUCGGAGAUGUACGACCUGAUGGACUCGAAUGGGGACUACACGCACUUCUACUUCUGCUACCGCUGGUUCCUGCUCGACUUCAAGCGGGAGCUCGUCUACGACGACGUCUUCGCCACCUGGGAGGUGAUCUGGGCGGCCAAGCACAUCGCCUCCGGGCACUUUGUCCUCUUCCUGGCCCUGGCCCUGCUAGAGACCUACCGCGACAUCAUCCUCUCGAAUAGCAUGGACUUUACCGAUGUCAUCAAGUUUUUCAAUGAAAUGGCUGAGCGUCACAAUGCCCAGGCAGUGCUGCAACUGGCCCGGAGCCUGGUACUGCAGCUGCAGAUGAUAAUCGAGAAUAAAUAAAUUGCAAUUAAAGAUUACUUAGAUCGUAGUUCCAAUGUCGUUUGCCAAAGAUUAAAGUCACUAAACUGGACUAACAGAUAAACAAUAAAUAUGUGUAGGAAUCGUUUCCGUUUAUUGAUCGAUGUCUUCGUUGAAAAAAUACCUUAAAAAAUGAAACAAGUUAAAAGAUAAAAGUAUUUAAAUAGAUGUAUGUAUAUGGAAUUCCAAAGUCCAAACCUGUAAGCUGUAAACUGUUAACUGUAAACAAUAUUAUAUAUUUUUAUGUGUACGUAAGUUCUUCCUAAAAAUCUCUAAACGCAUAUCCCCAAACUACAAUGGAAACUACAAAACAGGGGCCGAAAAUGCAAAAGACUCUCAACAAAAGAAUGAAAAUCUUAUACAUUGAAAUCCUUUUACAACCAAACCUUGUAUAGAACUCUGGAAUUCACAAUUUUUGCUCUUUAAAAAAAAAACAAAAAAGAAAAAUUAAAGAUAUACAAGAAUAUAUAUAUAUAUUAUACAAAAACAAAAAAACGAAAGUGCAACAUAAUUAUCACAUCAAUAUCAAAAAAAAACUAUCAAUAUAUAUCCUAAACACAUAUGAGAAAAGAAAUGGCUAAAUGUUUUUGGCUGGUUUUUUGAUAAUUUAUUAAAAGCACUCGACAAAGAUCAAAGAAAUAUAUAUAUUAUAUAAAUGUAGAAAGGGGAAAUAUGUUCCGAUUCAGAUUCAAAAUCAAAAACUCAACUCUCUGUACCAGCGAUUUAAUAUCCAAUUGUGUGUAACAAUCAAGGCCAACAAUAAAGUCACAGUCAAGUACCCUUCAAUUGCAACACAGAUAUACAUAUAUACUGAAUGUGUCUAUUAUCUGGAUAUAUAUAUAUAUAUAUACGAUAUAUAGUCUAUGUAAGCUGCUCUCUUGCCAAAACCCCAAUCUAUUCUUGUUUCUUGUAUUAUUUUUUAUAAAAAUAUAUAUAUUUAUGUAUAUUUACAAAGCCUCUACACUAUUAUACACCCGAGUAUAUAGAUAUGUUUAUAUGGAGUUUGUCUAUAUCUCUAUAUACUUUCCUCCUGUGUGAUCUCUCUCUACACUGAGUAUAAAUGUUGUGGAUUAUCAAUAUAACUUAAUUGUCACCUUUUUGUAAAUGUACCUUUCCUGGGCAUUCCCUCACUCUGCUCUGUCUGCUUCACCUCAAUUACCAGAUCAGAAAUAUAUAUAAAUAUACACCCACACGGUUAUAUGAAUAUAAAUAUAAAUUAUACAUAUAUAGCAUAAAUGUAUACAAGUACAAAACAAGCAGAGAAUGAAAUUAAUAAAUAAAUAAC